CUAACUAUUUUCUCACGUUACAUAUCAUCGCCGGCCGAUUCAUAUGGCUCCGACGACUCCUAACGUCAAAAGCCGGGUCUUGAUCAUCGGGGCGACGGGUCUCAUCGGCCGGCAUGUGGCGGAGGCCAGCCUUGACGCCGGUCGACCCACCUACCUUCUCACACGGUCGACCUCUUCCGCCGCCGGCGACCCUUUAAAAGCCCAACUACUCAAGUCUCUUGAGGACAAAGGUGCCUUCAUCGUACAGGGUUCGAUAUCGGACAGGGAAAGCUUGGAGAAGGUAUUGAAAGAGAAAGAAAUUGAGGUCGUGAUAUCAGUCGUAGGUGGCGGGAAUUUGCUUGACCAGAUUACACUUGUCCAGGCUAUCAAAUCUGUUGGUACCAUUAAGAGGUUUUUGCCAUCCGAGUUUGGUCACGACGUAGACAGAGCAAACCCAGUGGAGCCAGGGCUGUCCUUCUACCAGCAGAAGAGGCAAGUGAGGCGCUCCAUCGAACAAAACGGCAUCCCAUACACUUACAUCUGCUGCAACUCCAUCGCUUCAUGGCCUUACUACGACAACACGCACCCUUCCGACCUCCCUCCUCCCCUCCACCAGCUCCCCAUCUACGCCGACGGCAACGCCAAAGCUUACUUUGUGACGGGAGCUGACAUCGGGAAGUUCACAAUGAAGACGGUCGACGACGCUCGGGCCUUGAACAAGUCGGUCCAUUUCCGACCGGCGGUGAACCACUACAACAUGAACCAGCUGGCUUCUCUGUGGGAGAGGAAGCUCGGCAGGACUAUUCCUCGCGUUACUGUCACAGAAGCCGACCUGCUAGCUCUUGCUGCUGAGAAUCGGAUUCCGGAGAGCAUAGUUGCAUCAUUCACCCACGACAUAUUCAUCAAGGGCUGCCAAUCGAACUUCGAGAUCGAUGGUGUCAAUGAUGUAGAAGCCAGCAGCCUGUACCCAGAUGAAACCUUUCAGACUGUUGAUCAAGUGUUCGCUGACUUCGCGCUCGGCCUUCAACACAAAUCAUGAGAUGCAUGGCGCGGUUCCUGGCCAUCCUGUGACUAUGCAGCUUCUUCAGGAAUCUUCAGUUCAGAAAUAAAGAUCCAGUAUGGGAAUGUUGAGUAAUAAAUACAGGGGAAAAGAGCUUCAGUGAUAAUAAGAGCAGAUGAAGCAGCAACAAAAUUUCUGAAAGAUGCUUCAUGUAAUCGGGAUUCAGAUAUAUAUUACAAUUCUCGUACAUAUGCUGCUUGUUCUCACAUCUAUACAUUGCUCGAACUUGCUGUCAAUUCCCGCCAAAACCAAAGGUGACAAACAAGAACAAAAAAAAAAAAAAAAAAAAAAAAAGAGCUACUGCUGAACAAGAAGGCUACAUUUCUGACUUGGCUACAACACUUCUAUGUACAAUUUCUAGGCUUCGAUCGAGGGUUUCAACUAAGAAACUUGGACUAAAAAU